AUGGCCCCAAGACAUAAUAUUCAUAUUCCUGCUGCCAUUAAACUGGGAACAUUGUGUUUUGCUCCUGGCCAGUGCGAUAUCGGGAGUCUGACUGCUGGGACCCAGCCGUCCUCUUCUAUUGAUGCUACCUUGGAUCAUGGCAUGGCUGGAGAUGCUAUCUUCCUUCCGAUUGCUCAAAUCGCUGCGACAUCUUCUCCUAAUGACCCACUUGGCACUUGGUGUCAUUUGUGUUGUGACGCUUGCGACUCAACAUCCUCUCAUCUGUGCGUCAACUGUGCUGCAGUCAUAUGUCAUCAAACAAGGCCAGGUGGUUCAGGUUGCAUCGGCCACAACUCGGUUCCAAAGGGCUGGGCAUUCCUCUGUCCACUUUGUGUGAGAAGCAUUGAUGGAGAGGAGAGGAGUUUGCCAUACACAUUCAUCGGGCUGUGGAUGUGUACAAGGGCGAAGAUGGUGUGGCCUGUGUGCGUUGUGCACAUCAUGCUGGACUCGAUGAAAAUUGAAGACCACUACCUGAAGCACCUUGUCAACAAUGACUUGGUGAAUCAUUACAACAAAUGUCCAUGCAAUUUGUCCACCACGACCCUUUGCAUGAAGGCAAGAGAGAAUAAGACUGAAGUGCGGAAGAUGAACCCCGCCACGGAAUUUGUCAUGCGGAGUGUGCUGAUUGGCAAACCCAGCAACAUGUUCAUCAUCAUGGACAGCCGCUCGGACGAAUAUGCUAGUGUAUUGCAGUACACCUCCGGGGCCAUCACAGUAGCUGAGACGGUAAAGUCCUAUCUGGGUCAGCCAUUCCUAAUGGCCAUGAAGAGCGUUGUAUUGUUUGCGAGGCAGGACAACACAAUUGAGACCACGAUCAAUGGUGGGACGCCUUGGUGCAAUACGACAGCCAAGGCAAGGGGUGGUCGGCGGGGACUGUUCCUCCUCACAUCCGGUCCUGCAAUGUGGGUUAAACGCUACUUUGAGGAAGUGCUGACUCUGGUCAAGGAGGAUAUAUUUGAUUUCAUCAUCGGAUUUCGAGGAGGGUCGGAACUCCCUGGGUUUGUCGGCCCUGCAGUGCUAGGAUUCAUUCGCGCAGCUGCACUUUUUGGUUUCACUGAUGUGUGGGAGUCAGUUUGCAACUUGCUCGUAACUAAUCUGGAUGUCCUGGAGCACACCACCGUCAUCGUGGUCUAUGCCUCCUAUGUGGACGGGAAGCACAAAGUAGAAAGUCGGGAGGUCGCUAAGCAUCACCCGCCGUAUCGUGCAUUUGGUUACGACUUCAGCGCAUGUGUGAAUGAAGGUUGCCAUCCCUCGGUGACCAACAAUAGGGUGUCUGCGAUGGACAACAAGGUUCAGAUCACAUGUGCCAAGUGUCAGUGGAAAUCAGCAUGGGUUGCUACUGACAAGGAAAAUGAGUAUUUCUUCUGCGUCAACCCAAUCACUGCCCCCUUGCUCUUCUGGCACCAUUUCCCUCCAUCUCCUGCACUAAACACUCUGUUUGUGGAUGCAAAGCCAGAUACGGUUUCAAAAGGUGAGAAGGAGCAAAGAAAUGCUGGUGCUACUGAUAGCACAUCAUCUUGGGGUCCUGAAAAAUGCCGCAGGCUUUCUGCCAGUAUGGAAGGGUGA